GGUUGAAAACCACUGCUCUAGUAAAAAUAUUAAUGUAAAUCAUAGCUAAUGUGUAUUUGAGCCCUCCAUUUUGUAUGUACAUAUGGUUGCCUAGCUAGUACUUAUCCAGACUGACGAUCACAAUCUUCAAGCAAAGCUGAUUCAACAAAGCGGCAAUGAUGUCAUGAUCCACAGGAUGGCAGCACAUACCCUUCAAGUUCGAACUCCACUAAGAAGCUUAACUUUGUGAGGAGUGGGAGUGAACCCGGAGCCCAAAGCAAAAAGAGGGAAGGCGACGUCAUCGCAGCGCCCAAUUAAUGCAUUUCUGUGGCGCAAUGCCUUAUGUUAAAAAUGUUGUUUUUUUCUUUAUUUUCUAAGUCUAAAUAUUGGGACAUGUUUGUUUAGUCUAAUAUACAAUAUUGAGGAUUAAGUCGCUGUGUGCUGAAAUUAGUGCUCUUAGUAAAGUGUGCUUUGAAAGAUGACACUGUGAGUCAGACUGUUGUGUUGUUAAACUGAGUAUACAGUCAUGGAAGAAAAAAUAUGAAUGAAUAUAAUAUAACAAAAAAUGUUUUUUUUUGGCAGUACAAUGCCGUAGCCAUUGAUGUAAGAACUUAAGUGAUUUUGGUUAUUAUCGAGAAAAGCAUGAUGUCAUCUCUUAAAUUAAACCCUUAUGAGCUAUUUUUGUUAGCAUCAUUAUAUGUGUCCAAACAAAUGCACCUUUAGUCGUACCAGGCAUUAAAACGGAUCAAUAAGCUUUGCUCAUCUAACUGCUGAAGGUUUGAAUUUUUCCCAAAAUGGUUGCACACCUGCGAGUCUUUGAGUGCCAGUUUUGAGGCCAGCUUCUUCCGGUCUGGCUUGCUGAUGUACUUCUGCUUCUGGAAAGUUCUCUCCAGGGCUUUUCUCUGGAGGUCUGAGAAAACGGCGCGUCGUAGCAUACCCCGCCUGGGCUUCCCUCUGGGGGCCAGGGGCCAUGAAAAGGUUCCAGGGACAGGGACGACUGAGGAGGAGGAGGCUGAAAGGCAUCUCAAAUCACGAGUGUGCAAGUCAUGGUCCGAACACCAACCACCAACCAAAUCGACAGAGAGGAGGAAACGGAAGCUCGGUGCAUCAAAGGAGACCCAUCAAAGGCCCCCGUGGCAGCUCAACUAAAGGGUGAUCCAGGAUAUUCUUCAGUCAGGCUGACUGGCGGGAUGCCAGGCAGGUGACAAACCGGCGGCUGUGUGAUGGGCCAUGGAUCCCAAAGGGAAAAAGAGAAAAAUAACUGAGGAGAACAGAGGAUUAAACGUUUCUUGGACCGAAUCAUUUGCAUUUAUUGCAUUCAUCUUACAUGCCCGAUGUCGAGAAGCUGACCAGUCAGAAAACAGAAGUCACAUUAAACGGGUGAGUCCAGUGUCGAUUUCAAGUGUGACGAAGAGACAAAUCUGAUUCUCAUCCACUCCAACAAGCUGAACUACACCAAAUAUGAAAAUGACCACUUAGCGAUGCUGGUCUCUGUGGAUAGUGGAAGCAAAGCACCAUCAAUACUGUCAUCCUGGCUCCAGAAAGAGACUCAGUACCUGGUCCUGGAACUGGAUGGGAAACUGAAGAAGGACCACAUGUACAGGCUCCACACUAAAUUUACCGGAGAGCUGGCUGAUGACCUCGGAGGCUUCUAUAGAAGUGAAUACAUGGAAGAUGGAGUGAAAAAAUAUGUGGCCACAACUCAGAUGCAGCCAACAGACGCCAGGAAGGCCUUCCCUUGUUUUGACGAGCCGGCGAUGAAAGCCGUUUUCCACAUUACUCUCAUACAUGACCAUGGAACUGUGGCGCUGUCUAAUGCCGAAGAAAAAGAAACAAAGAACGUCGUCAUCGAUGGUCAGUCUGUGCAGCAGACGGUUUUUGAACCAACUGAGAAAAUGUCCACCUACCUGUUGGCGUUUAUUGUCAGUGACUUUGCCAACAUCAGCAACACAGUUGGUGGUGUUCAGAUCCGGAUCUUUGCUCGCAAGUCCGCUAUUGCUGCUGGCCAAGGAGAGUAUGCCCUGAACAAAACCGGACCCAUUUUGAAGUUUUUUGAAGAGUAUUACAAUUCCAGCUAUCCUCUGCCCAAGUCUGAUCAGAUAGCCCUGCCAGACUUUAAUGCUGGAGCCAUGGAGAACUGGGGUCUGAUCACCUACAGAGAGACAGCACUCCUCUAUGACAAAGACUUCUCCUCCAACUCCAACAAAGAGAGGAUAGCUGCUAUCAUCUCCCAUGAACUGGCUCACAUGUGGUUUGGGAAUCUGGUGACCCUGAGGUGGUGGAAUGACUUGUGGCUGAAUGAAGGUUUUGCCUCCUACGUUGAGUACCUUGGAGCACAUGAAGCUGAAGAUGAAUGGGGUGUGAAAGAUCUCAUUGUGCUCAGCGACAUCCACAGGGUGUUUGCUAUUGACGCAUUGGCCUCUUCUCACCCUUUGUCCUCCAAAGAAGAAGAUAUCCAGAAACCAGCUCAAAUCAGUGAGCUGUUUGACGCCAUUUCAUACAGCAAGGGGGCAUCUGUUCUGAGGAUGUUGUCAGAUUUCCUGUCUGAAGAAGUGUUCACAAUGGGACUCAGGACGUAUUUGACAGAAUUUGCGUUUGGAAAUGCCGUCUACACUGACCUGUGGAAGCAUCUGCAAAUGGCUGUCGAUGCCACUCACACCGAUCUUCCUGACACAGUCCAUAAUAUUAUGAACACAUGGGUGCUGCAGAUGGGCUUUCCAGUGGUGACAAUAAACACCAAAAAUGGACUUGUGUCCCAGGAGCAUUUCCUCCUGGAUCCAGAAUCUGAAGUGACCACUCCUUCUCCCUAUAACUAUGAAUGGAUUGUCCCCAUCAAGUGGAUGAAGGCUGGGGUCAACCAAACUGCAAAAUGGCUAACUAAAAAAACAGCCACAAUAUCGGAAAUGCAGACAUCAGACUCGGAGUGGCUGCUGGCCAACAUCAAUGUGGUGGGAUACUACAGAGUCAACUAUGACCAAGGCAACUGGGACAGACUGUUGGGUGCUCUGGAUACCAAUCAUAAAGCCAUUCCAGUGAUCAACAGAGCUCAGUUAGUGGAUGACGCCUUCAAUUUGGCCAGGGCGAAGAUCAUCCCCACGGUGUUGGCGCUUAAAACCACCAAAUAUCUGAGUAAGGAUACGGAAUAUAUGCCCUGGCAGUCAGCCCUCAACAACCUCAACUUCUUCUACCUCAUGUUUGACCGUAGCGAGGUUUACGGCCCCAUGCAGGACUACCUGAAGAAGCAGGUUAUUCCUUUGUUUAACUAUUAUAAGGAGAUGACAGCACAAUGGACAAAAGUACCAGAAGGACACAUGGACCAGUACAACCAGGUGAAUGCCAUCAGUCUGGCUUGCAGGACAGGCCUUCAGGAAUGCCAAGACCAGACCACGGCCUGGUUCAAGCAAUGGAUGGACUCCAAAAUCAACCCGAUACACCCCAACCUGCGUUCCACCGUGUACUGCAAUGCCAUUGCAGCAGGGGGCGCUAAAGAAUGGGAGUUUGCUUGGUCGGAAUUUGAGAAUGCCACCAUUGCUAUCGAAGCGGAAAAACUCCGAGCCGCUCUGGCCUGCACAAAGCAGCCUUGGCUACUCAAUAGGUAUCUUGAGUACACACUGGAUUCUGAAAAGAUCCGAAAGCAAGAUGCCACCUCCACCAUUGUCUACAUCGCCAAUAAUGUGAUUGGUCAAUCUCUGGCUUGGGACUUUAUCAGGGCUCAUUGGUCAUUUAUUUUUACUCAGUAUGGUGGUGGUUCCUUCUCCUUCUCCAACCUCAUCAAUGGAGUCACUAAACGUUUUUCCACAGAAUUUGAGCUUCAGCAGCUGAAGCAGUUCAAAGCGGAUAAUGCAGAGGUUGGUUUUGGCUCCGGGACCUUAGCAGUGGACCAGUCCAUCGAGAGAACCAUUGCCAACAUGAAAUGGAUUGCAGAGAACAAGAACAGCGUCCUGCAGUGGUUCCGAGAUGAAUCCUUAUGAUACCUUCAAUUUCUCUCUAAUGUACAAAGAAACACAUGAGUAGGUGUACAGAAGUAAAUAAAAUGUUUAAAUCCCCUUGAAAACAUAAUCAUAUACAUAUUGCGUCAGUCAAAAGUAAGUACACUGGAUGCUUUAAUUAAAAAUGACAAAUUUACAAUCACAAUUUACCAAAGUACUUUACACAUAUUAGGUCCUAUUGUCCACAGAAUUUGUAUUGAUGAAUAAAAAUUGCGUUUUUUUUUUAAAUAAAAAAAUUUUUAGUAUUAAAAUAUAAACCUAAAAUUACAAAUGGUCUAAAAAUGAAUACCAUUAUUUAUUAUUCUAUUAUUGUAUGUAAUGUUUAUGAAAAGGUUUCUGAGUUUGUCAAAGUUUCUACUAUCAAU